AUGAGUAGUAUUAACAACUUCUUAUUAAUCAAAAAAUUUUUGAUUUUACUUUUGUAUGUUGUCUCAGUAAAAUGUAUUGGAUGUCCUUUCUGGCAAAUUGGAUCUAGCGAUAUUAAUAUGAACAUAAUCUAGAAAAUCAUUCUUCUAAAAUCUAAUCCCUAAAAUUAAGUAGAAGACAUAGCAGCGAUUGCUUACCAGCCAUUUAAUGUAGGAAUAUUUAAUAUUCAGAAAAAUAAGUAAUACUAAUUGAUGGGAUAGUCUGAGAGUGUGACACUCUAUUAAAUGGAUAAAGAUGAUAGACCAUAGCUUAAGGUUUCAGUAAUAAAUACUCUAGAUGCAAAUGGAAGAGUUAUUUCGUGGAAUUCUGGAAAUGGAUCUAGAUAAUAAGUGAUUUAAAUUCCUCUAAAUAUUGCUGUAAAACCUAAUUCUUGCUUAAAUUCACAAGAAACGCUAGUUGUAACAUGGGAUACAUAAUCACUAUUUGUUGUUGAUUUUUCUUCUCCAAACAAUAUAAGCUCUAAUGUUUAAGCUCUUUAAUUGGUUUCAGGAAAUAGUUUAGCUUAAUGCGUUAAUGAUAAGCUAAAUAGAAGAUUUUUACUUGCGAAUACUUAGGGAGUCAUAUUUUCAUAUGACAUUUAAACAAGGAAAUUUGUUUAACUAUUUUAGCUCAAUUCUUUUUCUAGUUUACAGUCAAUAUUCCCAACUUAGAAUACUAUUGCUAUUUCUUACGCACAAAUAUCUGGAUAGAGCUAUGCUGUUUCUUACAUAAACUCUACUCUCCAAUUCUCGCAAACUCUCCCUUAAAUUUCAACAUAGAUUUUAGUGAAUAAAUAAGAGGAUCAAGUAGUAAUCAUUGGAAAUUCUAACUUAUUCUAAGUUUGGAGCAUUAAGUUAAAUCAGAAAGUAUAUCAACCUAAUUUUCAACAAAUUAAGUGUGAUUAAAAAGACGCAAAUUAAACAAGUGUUGAUUCGUCUAUUAGCUUUACAUUUGGAUCAAUCAAUUAAAAUGAUGAAAUUGCAGUAGUAUCUAAUAAAUAUGUAUUUGCUUAUUCUAUGUCACAAUAAAAACCUUUGCUUUUUAAAAGUUAAAACUUUGGAGUGUAUCUUAUCCAAGCUUUUGUUCUUUAAAAUAACAUAAUUUUAAAUUAGUAGUACUCUGUGGCUAAUUUUAAUUUACUCACUUCUAAAUACCUAUAUGUUACAAACGUCUUUCCAAGCUAUAAGUCAUCUUAUGAUGUAGUAACUAAAAUUGAGAUAGAUUCUAAUUUGAAUAGAAUAAUCAGGAUAGAUUUAUCAGGCAAAAUUUAAUACUGGUCUAUUUUUGAUAACAUAGAGGAUAAUUUGAUCUUUUAUAUACAAACUAACUCCACUUUCUUCAUAGAUAGAUAAUUAAAUAAGAUGGUUUAAUUUGCUUACUAUACUGCCAACGGAGGUUUAAAUCAAAUACUUGUAUUUGACUAUAUAUAAGGAAUGUUAAUUGAUAGAAUUAGUAAUCCUUUUACUAGUAGUGAUAGCCAAACUUAUAUGCUUUAUCAAGAUAAGACAAACGGAUAUAUGGUAGGUUUCAUAUUAGAAUCAACCUCUUAUAUGAUCUAUAAAUUCAAUAAAAACUAUGACCACUCUUUGGUUUUUAAAGGAGUCUUAGUUAACAAUAGUAAGAUUAAUGGACCUAUAAUAUUACUUGAGAGUAGUUAGUAAAUUUUGGUAUAAAUUAAUGGAAAAUUGUAUUUGUUUAACUAUUUCUAUUCAAGUGGAAGUUCUAAUUAACCUGUCAGUUUUUAAGGUUCUGAUGCAACUAUUUCUUAAUACUUUUUCAUCAGCUCAACAAGUUAACUAGUUACUAUUUAAUAAUAGGCUAUUUAAAUAUACACAUAUAAUAGUAAUAAGUUAAGUUUGACGAAUUCAAUAAGUUAUUAUACAGGGAGUAGUAGCUCAAUAUCUUUAGUAUAAGAAUAAUAGAUAAUUAUUUUAAACAGAGGAAAUCAGCUAUUUCUUAAAAACUAUCAAACAAUGCAAGAAAAUAUAUUGGAUUUUGUUGAUUAAUCUGUUCUUAUGUACACAUAUGAUGGACCUAGAGCCCUUUUGAUUAUCAUUUUAGCAAAUUUUAAAAUAGAGGUUAUAAAUAUUGCAUAAGCCAAAGUUCUCUAUCUUUUACAACUUAAUAAUAAUGCUUUGUAAAUGAUGGAUAUAUUUCCUCAAUAUAAUUUAGUAGUUGUAUCAUACUAAAACGGAUAAGUUAUUUACUACAACUACAUUACAAAUAAUAUUCUCUCAAUUUUCAAUAACCAGUUUUUUAAUAAUUUGGAACAAAUAGAUAACAGGUCCAACUCCUUAGUAAUAAAGUCUAACCUAAAAAUUUUCACAAGAAGGAUGACAAACCUAGGAUUGAUAAAUUAGAUUUAAGAAAAAAUAGCUAUCAAUAGUUACUUUAUUGACGUCAAAAGUGGUUUGAGUUUUACUUUAACGAAUUAAGUAAAAAUCUUCAAUCACUUAACAUAACAAUACCUUCCAAAUUUUAACAGCAAUAUAAAAUAUUCACCUUAUAUUAUAUACUCAAUUCCUUCCCAAAACUGGCUAUUUCUUGGAUAUUCAAAUUCAACAGUAAAUCUUGUUUAUGUUUAUAGACUUGAUAAUUACCAAUAGAUAGGAAUAAUGGACCACAAUUAAACUUAAUGUAAUACAAUUAACAAAUUUUAUCAUGAUGUUAAAAUGAAUAGGUUGUUUUCUUCUUGUAAAACACCUGGAACUGUGGUUGUUUGGGAUUUAAAUAAUAAUUUUACUCUUAUAUAGUCUUUGAUAAAUGCAAAUCCAAGUGCUAUUUCUAGUAUAUCAUUCAACUAAAAUUUAGGAAUUAUCACUAUAAUGGGAUUAGCUUGGUGGUCAAGCACUUUUGAUUAUUAUACAUUGAACUAUAAAUGCUAAGUUGUUGGAAUCUAUAGUAAUUUUGAUUACACAAAUAAGUAUUAAGUUACUUGGGAUCAAAACGGUGAUUUUAGGCUUUAUGAUUACAAAUGUACACAAUUAGCAUAUAGGCACUGUGCAAAAAGUUGGAUUAAUCAACUAAUAAUAGAUGAGCAAUAAAUGAUCAUAACAACAAUAAGAAACUAAUUGAUUCUCCCAUAUUAACUUAACGAUGGUUUUCUAGACAAAGACAAUGGAUAUCUUUUAGUUGCAGAUUUUAAUGGUUACAUAUAUAUGAUAUCAUAUCCUUCACUAGUUUUGUAGUAAACAAUUUAAGUCACAUCCUAAAAGAUAAAUAAUGUCUAUUUAGAUAAAAUUCAUAAUUUAUUUUUAUUUGUAAGUUAACCUGCAUAAACUAUAUCUUACUACAACUUAAUUGAAUUUCUUUAAUCUAAUGCCUACUCAGUCUCAUUCAGAAAUACAGGUGUAAUGUCUACUUUAAGCACAAAGCAAGGAAUUAUAUUCCAUUAACACACAAACAUUGUAUAAAUUUGGGAUUACUAAAAUCAAUCUCUUAGAUAUGGAUUUUUUGUAAACGAUUAGCUUCCCUUAUAUGAAGCCUAGAGUAGGUUUGCAAUUUUAUAGGGUCAAGAUAAUGUUAGUGCUUUUAUAACUAGAGAUCAAAUCAUAUUCUUUAAUAUAAAUACAUUUGAUAUCAUAUACGUCUAAUCUUUAAAGUGUUUGAGGAGUACAUAACUUAAUAACUAUUUUAUAUGUUCUCAAGUUAAUGUUUUGACUAUCCUGAAUGUUAAUAGUUUUGCUUAAAGUUAGAUUAUUCAACUAUAGUAAAGCUCUGCUGUUAUAUAGUUACAAUCUAUAUUAGAGAUUAAUACCUUUUUUGUAACUACAUCUUAAGGAGAGAUUAUAUUUUUUACUCUUGACAAUAAUCAAAACAUAUUUUAGCAAUAGUUGUAUUCAUAACUACUAACAUAAGCUAUUGCUAAUUAUUAUUUUAUUAGAUUGAAUUAAAAUUACAUGAUCAUAGCUUCUUCUUUUGAUGGAUAAAUUGGAUAAAUGGUACUCUCAUAAAAAUUGAAUAUACUAAGCUAAUAAUAAUUACCUUUACCUGGUUUAAGUUCUCAUGCUCAUGUUAUGCUAUAAUACAAUAACUAAAUAUUUAUCAAAAGAAUACUCGAUUUCUCCUUAAGUUUAUACAACUCUAACGAUUUCACUUAGUUUAGUACUCUCCCUAGCCCCUGUAUUGGAUACUCAUACAAAUUAGAUAUCAAUCAAGAUUUUGACUUAAUUAUUUAAAGUUGCAUAGGAAAUUACUAAAUUAAUUAACUUUCUUCUUUAAAAAAUGUAGCUACUGGCAGGUAUAUUGCAAAUUUGAAUAUUACAGAUUAUGUUUAUACUCCUGAUUGCAAUUAGAUUGUCUUCAUAAACAAAGAUUACUUCAUUGAUGCUUACUUCACCACAAUUUUUAUUUACUAAAUAGAUUAUGCUAAUUAAAUAAUAAAAUAAUUAGGUAAUGAAAAAUUAUUUUCUUUCAAUUUUAAUUACAUAGAAAGUGUGGUCUUUGAUUAGCUAUAGAUUUUAAAUAUGACAUAAUCAGCAUAAAAUAUAGUAACAAUUUUCAAUUUCUAGUAGGUGAAUAAUAUGCUUUUUAAUCAAAUCAACGUAUCAUAGUCUAAUUUCAGUUAGAUCAAUCUUUUUUUCUUUUAAAAUGAUGUUAAUAAUAACAAAAGCUUAAUUAGAUUUUAGGAUUUGUAAAUCCAGUAAUCAGAAUUUCUCUUUAGAGAAGAUACAACAAGUACUUCAGCCAUUUUUAUUUCAAAUUAUAAUAAUGUCUCAUUUGAUAGAGUCAAUAUAAAUUAAAAUUCAGGUACUCCUAUACCUAUAAUUAAAAGCUAUGUUGUCUCUAAUUUAUCGUUAAGUAAUAUCAAGUUUACUAACAAUAAAGAAAUUAUGCUAUUUUCAUAUAACAGUAGCAUAAGUUAAGUGGUAGCAAAAGUAGCUUUAAAUUAGCAAUUACUUGAAGAUAAUAUAGCAAUUUGGACAUUAAAUAUAUCUAGUAACUAAUACAGCUUAUUUUCAAAAUACAGCAUUGUAUAAAUAUAUAGCCUCAAAUAGAAAAUUUCUAAAGCUGAUAUCAAUAACAAUAUUGAUUUAAAUUCAUCUAAUUAAAUUUUGAAUUUAAAAGCUUAUUAUCUGAAUUGCACAGAUGCUACUUUUAUACAAAAUUAAGGAUUUUAAAAUUUAUUUGUUGUCCUAAAUACCUAAUUAGGUAAUUUUUAGAGCUUAGUAGUUUGGAAUAACUAAGCUGCUUAAAGUAUUUUACUACUUUCAUCUAAAGUAUUAAUAUCUAAUUCGUAUUUGAAAGAAAAUAUAUCUAACAAUAAAUUAUUCUAAACCUCUGUGAUAAACAUACUUUCAAACUCAUAAGUGUCCUUGUCUUCAACAGAGUUUGAAUCUAAUUAAUCCUUUUUAGGGGGUUCAAUAUAUGUAUCUUAAAGUGAUUUAUAAAUAGAAUAAGUUUCAUUUAAAAAUGAUAUAAGUUAAAACUAAGGAGGAUCUAUAUAUUCAAUUUAAUCUACUCUUAGCCUAAGGUAAAGCUAAUUUACAAACUGCUCAUCUGAUCUAGGUGGAAGCAUAUACAUAUAAAAAGGAAGCAUAGAAUUAAAUUCUGUAAAUUCUUCAAAAUCAACUUCUAAUGAAGAUGGAGGCUUUUUAUAUGCUAGUAAUAUAGGAUAAUUUACAUUAUCAAAUUUAAAUCUAUAGGAUUGUAUAGCUUUCAAUGAUGGAGGGUGUAUAUAUCUAACAUCAUCUGGUGGAAAUAGUUCUUUUAUUGCCCAGUCUUUAAUUUAAAAUAGCAAAGCUUUUGGGAGCGGAGGAGGUAUUUUACUUGAUAAUACUGAUUUGUCUAUAAACUAAACUUAGUUUGUAAACAAUACCGCUGGAAUAGGUGGAGCCAUAAGAUACUUAAAUCUAAAACCUCUCUUUUUAAUUUAAAACUCUAAUGCCUCAAAAGAUUCUUGUAAAACAUUUAACCAAAAUCAUUGUUAAUAGAAUAAAGCUAUCAUUUUUGGAAAUUCAAUUGCCAGCUAUCCACAAUACGCUUCAAUAUUGCCAAGUAAUGACUUCAAAGUUAAUAUUGAUCACUAUCCUAAUGUUACACUAAGUAAUUUUAGAAGUGGAAUGAGUAGUUUUGAUUUCUCAGUCUAAUUUUUAGAUGAAUUCAAGAAUCUUGUCUAAUAAAUUAAUCUACAAGACCAGAGUUUAACAUAAUCACUAAGCCAGAAACUAAUUUAAGAAAUUAGCUAAUAUAAUUGCAGGGUGCAAAUAAAUCAAAUAAGUACCUCAUUAGAAGAAGAAACUAUAAAAAUAGAUGGAGCAACACUAGUAGAUUAUGCUUAUCAUGGCAAAAACAAAAUUGGAUGCUUAAUGAACAAUUUUAAAAUAGCUGGAAUUCCAACAAAAAGUGGUUUAAUGUCACUACAACUAAAUGGAAUGAAAUCACUUUAUGGAUCAAAUUAAUUUAGUAAUAUUACAGAUAUUUAAAUUAAUGUAUAAUUUAGAGAGUGCUAAGUUGGAGAGUACUAUACCUCAACAUGUGAUGGAUGCUAGCUUUAUGAGUGCACUUAAUGUUUAAAUGGUACAUAUUCUCUAGAGUAGCCUAAAAUAGGAAAGAAAAUUGAGUGCAAUACUUGUGAUACUUCUCAAACCAAUUCUUGCUUUCUCAAUUAGAUAGUCUUAAAAUAAAAUUACUGGUAAAUUAAUUAAUUAUUAUUUUAAAAUUAAUAAAUCUAUUUUGAAUUUUAGGAGAGUGAGCAAUCAAUCUGA